AAUGAAAGAAAGGUCAGCAACUAAAAUUAAUGGAUUGCGUAGAAAUCAUCCAACUGGCUUCCACAUUCCCCGCCAAACAACAAAACCUCCCAUUUCAACCAGCCAACAUAACCGGGGAGAAAAGGUUUUUUCUGACGAUCCCAAAGUCAAGAAACAGCAUAAUCGACGAUGACGGAGCAGAAAGCCAAGGCAUGGAGAGCCGCAUCCACAAAGCCUCCCAUGAACAUCCUGCCUUAUCAGACUCCCGCGCUCAACGACCAUUACACCCUCGGGAAGAAGCUCGGUCACGGGCAGUUUGGGACAACCUACCUCUGCACAGAGAAAGCCUCUGGGCUCGAAUACGCCUGCAAAUCCAUACCAAAGAGGAAGCUUCUGUGCAAGGAGGAUUACGAGGACGUUUGGAGGGAAAUCCAGAUUAUGCACCAUUUGUCUGAGAACCCACACGUUGUGAGGAUCAAAGGGACGUACGAGGAUGAUGCAAUCGUGCAUCUGGUCAUGGAUGUCUGCAGGGGCGGGGAGCUGUUCGACAGGAUUGUCUCUAAGGGGCAUUUCAGCGAGCGGAAGGCGGCCGAGCUGAUGAAGACCAUUGCUGGGGUUGUAGAGGGGUGUCAUUCUCUCGGUGUCAUGCAUAGGGAUCUUAAGCCUGAGAAUUUCUUGUUCGAUACUCCUGAUGAGGAUGCAAAGCUCAAAGCCACCGACUUUGGCCUGUCUGUGUUCUACAAGCCUGGUCAAUAUCUUUCUGAUGUGGUGGGCAGUCCGUACUAUGUUGCCCCUGAAGUAUUACACAAAUUUUAUGGACCGGAGAUCGAUGUAUGGAGUGCUGGUGUUAUCCUUUACAUCUUAUUAUGUGGGGUUCCUCCUUUUUGGGCUGAAACGGACAAUGGUAUCUUUAAGCAGAUCAUGAAAGGUAAAAUAGAUUUUGAAUCGGAACCUUGGCCCUCCAUUUCGGAUAGUGCAAAGGAUUUGAUAAAAAGGAUGCUCCAGCGGGACCCCAGGCAGCGAAUAACUGCACAUCAAGUCUUAUGCCAUCCAUGGAUUGUGGACGACACAGUAGCACCAGACAGGCCUCUGGGUUCAGCAGUAUUGACACGCCUUAAGCAAUUUUCUGCCAUGAACAAACUUAAAAAAAUGGCGUUGCAUGUCAUAGCAGAGAGACUCUCAGAAGAAGAAAUCGGAGGGCUAAGACAAUUGUUCAAAAUGAUUGAUACGGAUGGCAGUGGGACCAUCACAUUUGAAGAACUCAAACAUAGUUUGAAAAGAGUAGGGCCUGAGGUGAUGGAGUCCGAAAUUCGGGAUCUGAUGAAUGCGGCUGACAUUGACAACAAUGGAUGUAUUGACUAUGGUGAAUUUCUUGCUGCAACUUUACACUUGAAUAAGAUGGAAAAAGAGGAGAAUUUGCUUGCUGCUUUCUCAUACUUUGACAAGGAUGCCAGUGGCUAUAUAACUAUCGAUGAGCUUCAACAGGCGUGCAAAGAUUUUGGUUUUGCUGAUGUUUGUUUAGAUGAAAUCAUCAAAGAAAUUGAUACAGAUAAUGACGGACGAAUUGACUAUGGGGAAUUUGCAACAAUGAUGAGAAAGGGAAACAGAGGAAUUGUUUCGAGAAGCAAUUUGAAUUUCAGUAUUGCAGAUGCCUUAGGAUCAAGGGAAGAGUAGAUUUGCAACAAUGUUAUCUCUUGUUUUUUGUACAGUUAAACUUUCUCUUGCUCUCUCUUAGUUUACAAAUCAUUCAUAUUAUUUUUUAUAUUAUUAUUUGUAUAUAGGUUAGGACAACAUACCAAAUCGAAACUUCAAUGUGUUAUGAAAUUAGC